ACCGUUCUCAUCCACUAAAACCUUUGUUUUCGUUUCCGUAGAGAGAGAGAGAGAGAGAGAGAGCACGACGGAGCAACAGACACCAUCAAUGGCUACCACCAAAGUUUACAUUGUUUACUAUUCUAUGUACGGACAUGUUGAGAAGCUAGCUGAAGAGAUUAAAAAGGGGGCAGCUUCCGUGGAAGGAGUAGAAGCAAAGCUAUGGCAGGUACCUGAAACACUGCCUGAAGAGGUCCUUGGGAAGAUGGGAGCACCUCCAAAGAGUGAUGUACCAAUUAUUACCCCCAAUGAGCUACCGGAGGCUGAUGGUUUAUUGCUUGGUUUCCCCACAAGAUUUGGACUGAUGGCUGCUCAAUUUAAAGCAUUCAUGGAUGCAACUGGAGGCCUGUGGCGUUCACAGGCACUAGCAGGAAAGCCCGCCGGAAUCUUUUACAGCACUGGUUCUCAAGGAGGUGGACAAGAGACCACCCCGUUGACAUCCAUUACUCAGCUUGUUCACCAUGGAAUGAUUUUUGUGCCCAUUGGUUACACAUUUGGUGCUGGUAUGUUUGAGAUGGAGAAUGUGAAGGGUGGCUCCCCAUAUGGUGCAGGUACCUUUGCUGGGGAUGGCUCCAGACAGCCUACUGAGUUAGAAUUGGCUCAAGCUUUUCAUCAAGGGAAGCACUUUGCUGGCAUUGCAAAGAAGCUCAAGGGAUCUCAGUGAUUUUUAUUCUCUAUAUAUCUCCCGUUUUACAUUUUUAUACUUCAGCAAAAGUGUGUUAUGCAUCAGCAUAUUCAGUAUCCAGUUCUCCUAAUGUCGAAAAGUAUAAGAUCUUAAUUAGAGAGAGAGAGAAUAAUUAAUACUUGUUUCAGUGCAAUUGUUGUCACUUAUCA